AUGGAUCUCGAAGCUUCCAUUCGAGAGUUUCUGACUCAAACAUGUCCAAACCCAGAACAAACAAUUGCCAACAAUAAAUCAAUCCUUUAUAAACGAAAGAAAUUCUUCUUGAAAGAUUUACGAUCCUCAUUUCAAUCCAUCGAUUAUAUCUUAAUAGCAAUAGCCUACUUACGUGACAUGUCAAUCCUACUCGCAUUAUGCCGACUAAUGAAUCAUUUCAUGAUUGUAAAUUCCCGCCCAAUACCUGAAUUAAGUAGAACUUCUGAAGCAUAUCGAAGAUCAAUUAUCAAAAUAUCUUGGAAUGGAUUAGUUGUCCAGAAUAGCUUUUGUAUUUUGUAUCAUUUGAUAUUUGGAAUACCGACUGAGUCGAAGUUUAAAGAUGGACUAUUGCAUGGAUUAUUUACUGUGCAGCUUAUUGGAGAAAGAGCUGCUUAUAGUCGUUUUGAAAUGAUUGGAUUGGAUUUUGUGAUAUUUUUCAUCCAAGUCAUAUUGCAUCAUUUAAUUGCAUUAUCUGAGGAUUCAGAAUUAUUGGAAUCAUCUACCGUGACUACAGAUACUUCAGAAUUAGAGCUGGGAGAUAGAGUUAAUGUUGGUGGAGACGGAUAUGAUGGAAAUGUGUUUUUGCUUUCACUUGAUAUCGCUGAGAAUAUUAAGAAAAUACGACAGUUUGAAAUAAUGUAUGAACCAUUCUCAUUACCAGGAAGUCGUACUAGCAAUACAUCAUCCCGACCAAUAUCUUCAUUUCCAGGAGCCUUUGAAGCUUGA